AAUCCGAGGAAUAGAACAAGAGGGAGAAACGCUGCGCAGCAUUUGUAGCGGUUGUUGGACCGCACCUAAAAUAUAUUUAUUUCACUCUAACUUAUUGCACUAGUUUAGCAGUGCAGCUAAAAAGAACGACCAAUAGAAAGAAAGAGAGAAAGGUUAUAUUAUGUUAGGUUAUGUAUAGGGUUACAUGAUAUAUUUAAGCAGGUGGUUUCUCGAAAAGUAGUUUUGUUACGAUAUAAAAUUUAGAUAUCACGAUGAAUACUAUUUCGACGGAAGAAGAAAAAACAGCUUUUCAUUUUUUAAAAUCGCAAGGUUGCUGCUUAAGAUGUUGUUUACGUUUUAUUGGAUACCGAAUGCCAGACUGUUAUAUCAAGCCUUUUGAGUUCGCAAAACGAAUAGGUUAUAUCAAAGUAGAGGACAAUCUCUGUUCUGAUGAAGCACCUUGUGUUGCAUGUUUAGGAAUCCUCCAAGAUAAGGCACAAGAAAAUGUCAUUAUAAAGAUAACAGACAAAGUGAAGAAUGAAGAUUAUGAUUGUACAACUUUUACUUGUGCAUUGACUGUUCCUGUAUCAGUAAAGCUUAGAGAAUACAUAUUGUAUGCUUAUAUAACUAAAGAAACUAAUAUUUGUGAAUCUGCUGUAAAUUCUCUUAAGGCAAAACUACAAAAUAUCAAAGAUACUUGGAAAUUGUUUAUGACACCGCAACUUGAACAAACCAUGAGAAAACGUACAGAUCAGUUGACACCGUCACCUUUUCUUAUUGAGAUUUUUUGGAUAUAUGAUGAUGAUGAAAUUAUAUUUGAAAAAUUAACAAAAAAACACAAGAAUGAUAAGAACAAACGGAAGAGAAAGGGUAAUGGUAAUGAAUUUAGUAGAAAGAGUAUCGAAACUUUAUUGAGCGAGAUAACAGAUGAGCAACUUUUACAGCACUUCACGAUCUCGCAGAUUAUGCCACAAACAUUUGUUCGAGUGGAGAAUAUUCUGUGUUCCCAUAGCAGUAUUUUCGUAGGAGGACGUUACAAUAAACUUUCAAGAGAACUCAGUCAAACUCCAUGGUUUGUAAAUGGUGAGAAGAAAGUGGAAACUUCGGUACAAGACUUACUCUGCAACUCUAUCGCAGAAGCUGUGAAGGCAGGAUCUAUAAAAUUUUUAUCAUCGGGAAGAGAAGACGUCGACGUCCGAAAUAUAUACAAUGGUCGACCAUUCGCAGUCGAGUUGUUGAAUCCUCGCAUGACAAACAUUACGAGCGAGCUUUUGACGCAUCUAGCCACUAACAUUAAUCAGUCGACCAAGCAGGUUCAAAUAACGUCAGGAUUAAAAAUUCUUUCGAGACUUGAUCUGCAGAGGCUCAAGGAAGGAGAGCACGUCAAAACGAAAUUUUAUCGAGCAUUAUGUGUCUGUCGAAGCACUAGCAACUGUUUACCGCAAGUAGAGAAUCUUAAUAAAUUAAAAAACAUGAAAAUCAUUCAACGAACGCCAAUAAGAGUAUUGCACAGGCGGCCUUUGGCUUCGCGUACGCGUAUCGUUUACGAAAUGCGUACACGAUGGGCGAAGCCUGAAGAACUGACGAAGUUGCUGCACACCGCCGCUGAAAGCGCCGACAAAUUUUUCGUUCUCGACGUUAAAACACAAGCGGGCACAUACGUUAAAGAAUUUGUACACGGAGAUUUUGGCAGAACUAAGCCAAGUCUAUGUGAUUUGCUUAAUGUUGAAGUUGAUAUUGUAGCGUUAGACGUAACAGGUAUCAAUCUCAAUUGGCCAUGAUAAAUGUAUUUAAUAUUUUUAUACAUUAUUUAUCAUAAAAUUGUAUUAAAAUAAUUACAGAAAAAUGUCUUACAAAUUA